AUGCGAGAUCUGAGCGGUUCCGUUCUCCCAGGGCUUCUCAGGGCUGGUGUAGCGAUCUUUGAUCUUGAUUUUGAUGCUAUCCUUACUGCUAUGUAUGUUGUGGAUUAUAGUGAGGAGAAUGAGGGUUACCGCUGUUUCCAGCCCGACCCGGGCAUUGGUACUGCUGCGCUAGGUGCUUGUGAGGCUGCUGCUCUAGGUGCCAGUGCGUCUGCGCUCUCAGGUACUGGUGAGACUGCGCUCUCAGGUACUGAGUCGUCCUCGUCCUCCCUCACUUUCACACUUGACUCCGGAGCUUCUCGCUCCUUCUUUCGAGACCGCACUACCCUUACGCCGCUCGGCCGGCCGGUUGCAGUCUCCCUUGCUGACCCCUCUGGGGGUCCUGUCCUGUCUCACUUCUCCACUGUCCUCCCGUGUCCGGCUGCCCCUUCGGGCACCCUGUCGGGUCUGUACCUUCCCUCGUUCUCUACGAACUUGGUGAGUGGAGCGGACCUGCAGGAUGUGGGUGUUCACCAGUUCACUCCUGCGAGUCAGCGGGUGACCCACUGCACGGAGGCACGCACAGGCCGACACCUGGCCACGUUCUCGCGUCGGCCGGGGUCGAGUCUCUACACCCUGACCGUUGAGUCUCCUCCUGUCCCUGCGUCUGGUCAGGUGGCUGCGUCGGGUCAGGUACUUGCUGCUGCGUCCCGGUCAGGUCCUGAGUCUGCCCCCUGUUCUUGUCGCCUCCUGUCUCACGAGACUCUCCUGUGGCACCACCGUCUUGGCCACCCCUCCUUGCCCCGUCUUCGGAGCAUGGAUUCCCGUGUCCUUGUCUCUGGUCUUCCCCAGUCUCUCCCUCCUCUCCCCUCCGGGCCAGGACCUUCCUGUGUCCCCUGUGUCGAGGGUCGCCUCCGGGCUACUCCUCACUCCUCCCACUUCCCCCCGACAGAGGCUCCCCUGCAGACGCUUCACAUGGAUGUGUGGGGCCCAGCCCCCGUCCGUGGGCAGGGUUACGAGCGCUACUUCCUGUUGGUGGUUGACGACUACUCGCGUUACACCACAGUCCUCCCCUUGCGCAGCAAGGGUGCGGUCACUGAGGUGCUGAUCGACUGGAUCCGCGAGGCUCGUCUCCAGCUCAGGAAGAGCUUCGGCUCGGACUUUCCUGUUCUGCGUCUGCACUCGGACAGAGGCGGAGAGUUCUCUUCUCGCCUUCUGCGAGACUACUGUCGUGCACGGGGGAUCCGCCAGACCUUCACGCUUCAGGACUCACCACAGCAAAAUGGGAUUGCUGAGCGCCGCAUUGGCAUGGUCAUGGAUGUCGCUCGUACGUCCAUGAUGCAUGCGGCUGCCCCCCAUUUUCUGUGGCCGUUUGCGGUGAGGUACGCGGCGCAUCAGCUCAACCUUCACCCCCGGGUCUCUCGGCCUGCGAUGUCCCCAGCCUUGCUGUGGACGGGGAAGGUUGGCGAUGCGUCUGUGUUCCGUGUCUGGGGAUCUCGGGCGUUUGUCCGCGACUUGUCUGCGGACAAGCUGUCCCCUCGUGCUGCUCCCUGUGUCUUCCUUGGCUUCCCCACUGACGCCCCAGGGUGGCAGUUUUACCACCCCUCCUCUCGUCGUGUUCUGUCCUCCCAGGACGUCACGUUCGACGAGUCAGUCCCCUUCUACCGUCUCUUCCCCUACCGCACUCCUUCCCUCCCCCCUCCCCCGGACUUCCUUGUGCCGGUUCCCCCCCCGGUAGACCCCCUCCCCCCUCAGGUUCCUGCCCCCUCAGGUGUGUCCCAGGUAGACGCCGUUGACCCGGUCGAGGUUACUGGUGACUCUGGUGCUGCUGCGGGUGCUGAGCCUGGGGGUGCUGACUCUGGGGGUGCUGUGCGCGGGGGUGCUGGGCCUGGGGGUGCUACUGCUGGGGGUGCUGGGCCUGAGGGUGCUACUGCGGAGGGUGCGGAGCCUGGGGGUGCUGAGCCGGGGGGUGCUGUGCCUGGAGGUGCUGGGUCUGGGGGUGCUGGGUCGGGAGCUGCUGAGCCUGGGGGUGCUGAGCUGGGAGCUGCUGAGCCUGGGGGUGCUGCGUCUGGAGCUGCUGAGCCUGGGGUUUCUCCUGCUGCUGCGUCUCGCCGGGAGCCCCUCUCUCCACAGGAGCUGCGCGAGUGGUUCGCUCGCCGCUGGAGGCGUGCUGCUGAGUCUGGAGGUGCUGCUGGAGCUGGAGCUGGAGCUUCUUCGACCGUCGAGGGUGCGGGUGCUGCCGGUCCCGGAGCUGCUGGACCUGCGGGUCCUCCUGGAGCUGGAGCUGCUGAGGGCGUUCGUGCUGAGCCUGCUGCUGUUGGUCCUGCCGCUGGAGGUGUGGGUGGCGCUGGUGCUGUAGCUGAGGGUGCUGGUGCUGUCCCUGCUGAGUCUGGAGCUGCCGCGCGGCCUCGGCCGUACUUCGUUCCGCUCCUGCAGCAGGUUCUUGGUCUUUCUCCUCCAGUAGAGGGUCCACCACCUGUCCAGUCGCAGUCCCUACUGGAGCCUUCCUCUCCACUGCCUGCUCCCUCUCCUUACACUGGUCCUACUGGAGGUCUUGCUGAGCGUCGUGAGCCUGCGUCUCGUCCCGCGUCGCCUGUUCGUGCUGCUCGCGCUAGUGGUCGCAGUUCGCGUCAGCGUCCUCCUCCUGUCCCUGGCACGCACCGGAUGUCUCUGCGUCCGUCCACUGCUCCUCUGCGUGCCCCUUUGCCUUCUCCUCCUGAGUCCUCUCUUCCUGCGCUUGCCGACCCUGAGUCGGACUCUCUUCGCGCUGCGAGUCCUACUGUCACGCGUCUGCUUGCUACUGUCGUCACUGACCCCUCUUUUGAGUCCACUGCUGCGUCUGCUCUAGUCGCUGAGCUCGUUGACUUUGCUGCUCGCUGUCGUCUCAACUACGCUGCUAGUCUUGUUGCUGAGUCUGCGUCUGUCUGUCCUCUGUCCGUCGGGGGUGAGUGUGCUCUUGGCACGGACGUCCUAGAGGACAGGCAGGAGGAGUUACAGUGUCUAGCGGCUGCUUCACCUCAUCUCGCGUCUGUACUGCUUGCCCCUGAGGGAGACCCGGAUGCACUAGACAUCCCGACUCCGCGUUCUUACGCGGAGGCCGUAGAGGGUCCAUACUCCUCUCAGUGGCAGGCAGCUAUGGAUGCAGAGAUGGCUUCCUGGAAGUCCACAGGCACCUACGUUGACGCGGUUCCCCCUCCUGGGGCGAACAUCGUCAGUGGCAUGUGGAUCUUCAGGGUGAAGCGGCCGCCGGGCUCUCCACCUGUCUUCAAGGCACGGUACGUUGCUCGUGGCUUCAGUCAGCGGCAGGGAGUUGACUACUUUCAGACCUUCUCUCCCACCCCGAAGAUGACUACUCUUCGGGUGCUGCUGCACAUAGCCGCUCAGCGCGACUACGAGCUUCACUCUCUCGACUUCAGCACUGCGUUCUUGCAGGGUAGCCUGCACGAGGAGAUCUGGCUUCGCCGUCCACCUGGCUUCACUGGGACUUUCCCUCCUGGCACCCAGUGGAGCCUCCGACGGCCAGUCUACGGUCUCCGCCAGGCACCGCGUGAGUGGCACGACACACUGAGGACUACGCUUGCGGCUCUUGGGUUUGCUCCUUCUACUGCUGACCCGUCGCUGUUUCUUCGCACCGACACUUCCCUGCCGCCGUUCUACAUCCUCGUGUACGUCGACGACUUGGUCUUUGCCACAGCGGACACUGCUGGACUCGCCUACGUGAAGUCCGAGCUGCUGAAGAGACACACGUGCACAGACCUGGGUGAACUGCGCAGCUACCUUGGCUUGCAGAUCACUCGGGACAGAGCACGCCGCACCAUUACCUUGACUCAGUCACACAUGGUGCAGCAGGUCCUUCGGCGCUUCGGCUUCACGUACUCCUCGCCUCAGGCCACUCCUCUGCCUACUCGCCACUCACUCUCAGCUCUGCCUUCGGAUGAGUCCGUAGAGUCGAGUGGCCCACCGGAGCACAUGGCUGCAGCGAAGAGGGUAUUGCGCUACCUGUGCAGUACGUCGGGCAUGGGGCUAGUGCUUGGAGGGCGGAGUCCAGUGGUCCUUACCGGCCACGCGGACGCUUCUUGGGCUGACGACCAGGCUACGCAGCGGUCGUCACAGGGUUACACCUUCAGCCUUGGUUCCGGCUCUGUCUCGUGGCGGUCUACUCGCUCGUCUUCAGUUCUCGGCUCCAGUUGUGAGGCUGAGAUCUACGCCGGGGCCAUGGCUGCACAGGAGCUUCGCUGGCUCACCUACCUGCUGACUGACCUUGGAGAGCCGCCUCGUUCUCCUCCAGUGCUGUUCGUAGACAACAAGGCUAUGCUGGCCUUGUGUCGAGAGCAGCGCUUGGAGCACAGAACGAAGCACAUUGCUCUCCGCUACUUCCUUGCUCGUGAGCUGCAGCAGCGUGGUCAGUUGCGACUUGCGUACGUGGCCUCUGAGGCCAACACUGCUGAUGUGUUCACCAAGGCACUCGCGCCUUGUGACCAUCAGCGCUUUUGCACCCAGCUGGGUCUUGUGCCUGUCUUGCCUCACUUGCUCUCCUCUUGA